UCCCACUCCCUUCACCACUUUCCUUUCUCUGGCAGAUUUCUCUUGAGGGGACAGCAUGUCGAAGGGAAACGGGUCUCUCAAUGCCAAAGAGCCUCUCUAUGGCUUCUUGCCACGAAAAGUAACGGCAGUCCAGGCCCAAUCGGCUCUGGAACAUGACAUAAACCCUUUCACGAAGCAGCCGCACUCGGCCCAGUACAAGAAGAUCUUGGAGGCGCGCAAGAAGUUGCCGGUGUACGCUCAGAUGACAGAUUUCUUCAAAAUGUUUACCGACAACCAGGUCAUCGUCAUGGUCGGCGAAACCGGCUCAGGCAAGACGACACAAAUACCACAGUUCGUCGCGUACUCGGAUCUUCCACAUACGAGGGGCAAGAUGGUUGCGUGCACCCAGCCACGACGUGUGGCUGCGAUGUCGGUGGCCAAGCGUGUAGCUGACGAAAUGGAUGUGCAACUCGGUCGUCAAGUCGGAUACUCGAUACGUUUCGAAGAUAUGACGGAGCCAGGGACCACCUUCCUCAAGUACAUGACUGACGGUAUGCUGCUCCGCGAAGCCAUGAACGACCCAGACCUCUCGCGGUACUCCACCAUCAUCCUUGACGAAGCCCAUGAACGCACACUCGCUACCGAUAUCCUCAUGGGGUUGCUCAAGGCCCUUGUGCAGCGGCGCUCUGAUCUCAAGCUCAUCGUCAUGUCCGCGACGCUCGACGCGCUCAAGUUCCAGAAGUACUUUGGUAUUCGCGGAAAUGAGCCCGCGCCCCUAUUCAAGGUUCCCGGCCGGACACACCCCGUUGAGGUGUUCUACACGCAGGAGCCGGAACCGGACUACGUCGAGGCGGCGAUUCGGACGGUGCUGAUGAUCCACCGCGCGGAGGACCCCGGAGAUAUAUUGCUGUUCCUCACGGGUGAAGAGGAGAUUGAGGAUGCGUGCAAGAAGAUCAAGCUCGAGGCGGACGACCUGGUCAACCAAGAUCCGGACUCGGUCGGCCCGCUCGUGUGUGUGCCGCUGUAUUCGUCGCUGCCGCCUGCGCAACAGCAGCGCAUCUUCGAUCCGCCGCCAUCUCCGCGCUCUGGAAGUGGUCCGCCGGGGAGGAAGGUGGUGGUGUCGACGAACAUUGCGGAGACGUCGCUGACGAUCGACGGUAUCGUGUACGUCGUUGACCCGGGCUUCUCGAAGCAGAAGGUGUACAACCCUCGUAUCCGUGUCGAGUCGUUGCUUGUCAGCCCGAUAUCGAAAGCGUCGGCUCAGCAGCGUGCUGGGCGAGCUGGACGGACGCGACCAGGGAAAUGCUUCCGGUUAUACACGGAGAAGGACUUCAUGAAGGAGCUGGAGGAGCAGACACACCCGGAGAUUCUGAGGAGUAAUUUGGCUAAUACGGUGUUGGAACUGAUGAAGGCGGGCGUCAAGGAUCUUGUUCGGUUUGAUUAUGUCGACGCUCCCGCCCCUGAGACGCUGAUGCGAGCUCUGGAGCUUCUCAACUACAUUGCUGCUCUGGACGACGAAGGAAACAUCACUGCACUAGGCAGCAUCAUUGCGGAAUUCCCUCUGGACCCGCAGCUCGCCAAGAUGCUCAUCGUCAGCCCCGAGUUCAAGUGCAGUAACGAGAUAUUGACGCUCACUGCCAUGCUGUCUGUACCAAAUGUAUUCGUUCGGCCGAAUAACCAGCGCAAGGAAGCAGAUGCCGCGAAGGCCCUUCUCAGCAUUCCUGAAGGCGAUCACCUUACCCUGAUCAACAUCUACAACAGCUACAAGCAAAAUGAGUGGGACAAGAACUGGACCUGGACAAACUACCUGUCGGCGCGUGCGCUGAUGCAGGCAGACAACGUUCGCGAGCAGCUGAAGCGGACGAUGGAGCGGUACGAGAUCGAUCUGGUGACGAUCCAAGACCCGAAGAAGCUGUACCUCGCCGUGCGCCAGGCACUGUGCAACGGGUUCUUUAUGCAGGUUGCGCAUAAGGAGGGCGAGAAGGGCGGCUAUAUGACGCUGAAAGAUAACCAGGUGGUUAAUCUUCAUCCGUCGUGCGGAAUGGAGACGCAGCCCGAAUGGGUGAUCUUCAACGAGUUCGUGCUCACGACGAGGCCGUACAUCCGGACCGUGACCGAAGUGCGCGCAGAAUGGUUGCUUGAGUACGCGCCUUCAUACUUUGAUCUCAAGUCGUUCCCAGACGGCGAGGCGAAACGUGCACUGCAACGCGCGUACAAUAAAAAGGCGGGCAAGCGGGGCAACGAUGACUCUGGCCCGAUCAAGAAGAAGAAAAAGAUUUGAGGGAUGGGUGUACUUUGAGAAGCUAGAUCUUGUUUGCUACGUUAGGCUUGCUUCAUGUAGAUGUGUCUCCUGGCCUAAUUGAUUUUUUGAGCCCUUUC